UAGGCCAAUUUGGUCCCUUUCUUUUCAGAUUGAUGAAAACUGGAAACUAUGGCGGCUCGCUUAUUCCGACCGCACGGCCAUGGCGCCGCCGUAGGGCAGCUUUUUUUCAUCUACAACUCCAAAUUCUUGUUUCAAUAUUCAACAAUUGCAGAUAAAACUGCAUGUGACCAGACACAUUUCUUGGUGAACUAUCUCGUGAACUCGCUUGGAUUUUCUAGAGGAGAAGCCAUUUCAACAAGCACUAAGGUAACUCGUUCGAAAUCCACUGGAAAUCCUCAAUCUGUGUUAAAUUUCUUCGAAAAAAGCGGUUUGGACAAAACCAAUAUCGGUAAAAUUGUUUCUGCAGUUCCGAAGUUGCUUGUGUGUGAUGUUGACAAAACCCUUAAGCCCAAACUUGACAUUCUUCAACAGCUUGGUUUAUCUGGAUCUGAUUUGGUCAAGGUCAUUACAGGGAGUGUGUCUAUUUUGAAAAGCCUUGAAGUUUCUGAUUUGGAAUUUUGCAUUAGUUAUCUUAGAAAAAUUUUGGGUAGUGAUGAGUAUGUAGUGAAAGCUAUCAAGAAAAGAACAUGUUUACUCUCUGUUAAAGCAUGUGAAAGAGUGAGAAUCAAUAUGUUGUUCUUUCAGAGCAUUGGGUUUACAGAUGAUGAUAUCAAAAAAUUCAUACUUCAAAACCCAUAUACUCUUUUGGCAAGUCCUGAGGUUGUAGAGGAAAAAGUGCACAGACUUGAAAAUGAAUUUAAUAUCUCUCGAUCAUCGGGAUUGUUUAUCCAUGGAGUUGAUGUGUUUAUUUCAAUGAAAGAGUCGACUGUAGACACAAAACUUGGCGUUUUAAGGGAUUAUGGUUGGUCUAAAUGGGACAUAAUCAAAUUGGUUCAGCUUUUGCCUUAUUGUUUGAGGCUGUCAGAGGAGAAAUUGCGAGCUGCGCUAGACUUCUACAUGGUGCAACUUGGUUUGAAACCUGCCUACUUGGCUUCUCACCCAACACUGCUUAUGUUCAGUAUGAAAAAGAGAGUUUUGCCCCGGUUGGAAUUCAUGAGAAGUUUAGUUGAGAAGAAACUAUGUGAUGAAGAUUACAAUCUGUAUACUGUUCUGUUGCCAUCAGAACAGAAGUUUUAUCAGGCUUAUGUGCUUGCCCAUAAGAUGCCUGAUGUGUGUGAACUAUACAACAAAAUUCAGCAGCAUGAAAAAGACAAAAAGUGUAUUUUGGCUCAAUUGCAACUUCGUAUGUUGUGCUGGAUGAGGCAUGCGAGAAUGACAACCGUUGUGGCAUUCGAUCAGAGAAGUGCGGUGAUGGCAACAGCUUUGCAGAUGACUCAUUGCUGCUUGAUGAAAGGACUUGAUCUGCAAUUGGAAGUCAUCUCAAGCAUGCAUUCAUACAGAUUGCAGGUAGCAAACACACAACAUUCUGUGAAACAAGCUGAAGCAGAGCCGGUGAUGCAUAAUUUUACUAGUUUUAACUCUCUAAGAUGGAUAAACUUUAAUGUCAAUAGCUCUCAAGCUGGCCAAAUAGCAAUGGCUGUUAAUAGAAAGGAGCUCAACAAUAUGUUCCUCCGAUUCAGAGGCCGCGGCGGCGCCGCUGCGGCCGCUGCUGCCAGAUUUCACGGUCUUACAGACUUCCUUUCCUUGAAUAGUAUCAAAUCUCAAUGUCUCUACUCAACAAGCACAACCUCUGAAUUGGUGAAAUACUUGGUUGAUUCUCUCGGGUUCUCCAAACAGGAAGCAUCGUUGGCAUCUUCCAAGGUAACUUCACGGAAACACUUAAAUAAUCCUGAUUUAGUCAUCAAUUUCUUGAAACAAACUGGUUUCGACAACACCCAGGUGAAAAAACUGGUUUUCAUAGCACCCAAAUUGCUAUUCCAUGAUGUUAACAAAACCCUACAACCCAAAUUCCAGUGCCUUAUUGAUCUCGGGUUAUCCGGGUCGGACUUGGCGAAAUUAAUGACUAAAGAUAGAACAAUUGUUGAAAGAGGUUUAGUUACUCAUUUGAGACCUACCAUUGAUUUUCUUAGGAAAAUUUUGGGUAGUGAUGAAGAUGUAGUUAAGGCUAUAAAGAAAAGUUCUUGGUUGCUUUCAUUUAGUGCUCAUCAAAUUAUGAAGAAUAAUGUAGUGUUGUUGAGAAACUCUGGUGUUUCUGAUGUGAAAAUAAGAAAACUUGUGCUUAUAUGUCCUAAUUAUCUUACACAAAAACCUGAGUGGGUUAAGGAUUUGUUGCAUAGGUUGGAGAAAGAUUUUCGAAUUCCACUCCAUUCUCCUAUGUUUCCUUAUGGGUUUCAUACAUUAGCCGCGCAAAAGCAGUCCAAGUAUGAAAACAAGAUUGAAAUUUUCAAGAGUUUUGGAUGGUCUAAUGAUUAUGUACUCAUGAUGUUCAGGAAGUUACCGUAUUGUAUUGCCCUCUCUGAGGAUAAAAUUCAGAAGGCAUUGAGUUUUUACAUGAAAAGGCUUGGUUGUGAACCUGCUUACUUGGCUUCUCAUCCUUCAAUUUUGGUCUUUAGUUUGGAAAAAAGGGUGGUACCUCGGGUGCAAGUCUUGAAAAUUUUGGAUGAAAAGAAGGUUGAGAGGAGAAAGUUGGGUUUCUAUUAUGCUCUGAGCAUAACAGAGACAAAGUUCAUGGAUUACUUUGUGCUACCCUACAAGGAUCAGAUACCUGAUUUGUAUGAACAGCUCAACAAAAUUGUGGCUCCUUAGUACAUUUUGUUUAUUUUUGGCACUACAUUGCAGUAUUGUUUUCAUUUCAAACUUGUUUUGCUUUCUAGUGACCUACUUGCAUGUUUUCCAGUGUUGCCAAAGAUCAUUUCUCUCUUUAUGUCUUGUUGCUUUCAGUACUUACACAUUAGGAUAACUCUAUAGCAUACCUUUUAAUUCUGAAAAAAUGAGAAGCCACAAAGACGGGAAGUCGUAUAUUAUCAGUCAUGUUCUUCUUCUGUGGAGUUUAAAGUUUAUGCCUCUGUUUAGAUCGGUGAGCUUCUUUUAGAGAAGAAGUGUGCAGUUUUCAGGAGUUAACUAGGAUACCAUGGUUCGAAAUGUGCCUUGUCGUUUAACUCUUAUCAGAGGUUACAAUCAAGAGGAAGGUAGAUUUUCUUCUGAAAGGAAUUGGGAUUAAAACCAGAGAUGUUGGUUUCUGCUUCCCUUUUCGGUUAGAAGAUUGGGUUCAAGAGAACAUUAUUGCUAUCAAGUUCUCCAGUUAAGUGAGUUGGUUUUGUUGAGCAGUUUGUGCUGCCUUACAAGGCUCAAAUUCCCGAUGUGUAUCUCACACAAGAAAAUAAUGAAAAAUUAGUAGUACUUUGAGGAACAUUUGUUUCAUUAGAUGCUGAAAUUGUAUCUCAGUCUUGCAGCCUGGAAAUUUUCUUGCAAGUUUUAUCAGUUUCAUUGCAGUUUGUCCAGACUUCCUAUGGCUAUAAUAGUUUACAUAAUUCCAGUUUACUCAACUCAA